AUGGCUGCACAAUCGACCAAACCCACCCCUCAGACCCCUAAGUCGGUCUCCUCUCCGCCGCCGACAAACAAUGUCUCUGCUCGACUGGAGAAGACCCACCUUGGUGUUCGUCGCUCAACUCCAGAUUCAGAAGCUCUCGCUUCUUCAGAUGAUGAUGGAGAUCAUCCUCACAAUAUUAUUGCGCCUACGACUGCCCCAACAGCGAAGCCUGCUCGUCGUACCUCUUGGCUGAAUGAAGUUCCUGCUAUUGCUCCUCGGAAAGCCUCCCUGACCGGCCUUCCUCUUUCUUCUGGCGCCUCCAACCCAAGCAGCCCAGCUACCGACCAAGCGGGAUGGCCGAGCAGCACGAGUCCUGGGAUUGGUAGCUCCAUGGGCUGGAACAAUGUUGGGAAUAAUACCUUUGCCUGGGGCACUGGUAUCUGGAAUACCGAGUCUCGAAAAGAGCCACCGCCCCGCCUUACCGAGAUCAUACCUUCCCCGACUAUGUCUAAUCCAUCCACCGCCAAUAACUACUUCACGGAGGAGCUACUGAGCCCUACUCGUACAACCGCUGGAGAGGCUGCAAUUCCGUUCUCGAUUCCUCUCCAUCCGACUCCCAAGACUUACCGCUCACAGUCAUAUUCCGUCGGCCAGUUAGAUCCUGAAUUUCUGAGUCUCAUGGCGAAUAAGUCGGCCUCUCCCUACUCUGGAGGACGAGCCCGCAAUGGCGGCCAAUACACCUCCCUCCAACACCGGCCGUCUCGUCCCAGCCUUCUUGGCGAGCUUGGCCAUGAUCCUGCCACUCUCGGACGUGUGCGCGAAGACGAAGACGACGAGACUGGAAGUCCGGAUGGCUCGGAUGGUAGUUUCAGCAACUAUGCCGCCAACCAAGCCCGCACAAUCGAACAGCUUGCGAGGGAGAACGCUCUUUUGCGUCAAGCUGCUGGCCAAAUCGACAACUCUUUUAGAGACCGUGCCAUGUCCACAACAUCCGCAGCUAGUGGCUAUGCGAUCGGAAGCGGUCUUCACAACUUGCAUCGUAUUCGCGGCAGUGUCCCGGAAGAGACCGAUCUUGCCGUGGAGGAUUUGGACGAAGUUGGGGACAUCCCUGGCUACAACAACCUCCAUGGCGGUCCCCGCCGGAGAAUGUCCGAACACUCGAUCAACUUGGAGAAACAGCUCCCCAACUACGAGAAUCGUGCUCUGGAGAACGUUCGCAAGGCUCAUUGGCAGACCUCCCUCGGAUUUGGUAGCUUUUCCGAGAUCCCUCAGAGCCGACGCCAUUCAUUUGCGGAUAUACCUAUUCGGCAUGGUUCCAUCUCGGGCGAGCCACAGGCAGCCGCGAGCACAAGAUCAGGGCUGGGAGACCGGGAAGAGGACUUUGAUGGCCCUCUGUCUAAUUUGCAAGGCCAGAACCAAUCCUAUUUCGCUCGCGACCAGGCCCUCCGCAGUGCCGAGGGUCCUUCCAUGGCGACUUCCCUUCAUCAAGCAUACACAAUGCCGAACGCCUACGGACGCCACCAGCCGGGUCUCGCGCAUCAGAAUCAGCUUUUGUAUAUCGUCACAUUCAAGUGUCAUAGGGCAGAUGUUUUCUAUAUCCAAGAAGACACUGGACUUCAGGUGAAACCAGGCGACCUCGUCAUCGUCGAAGCUGAUCGUGGAACGGAUCUUGGCACCAUUCAACAUGCCAAUGUGUCGAUGCAGAAAGCCCGGGAGCUGAAGCAACAGUAUGCGGAAGAUCAUUAUAAGUGGUUGAUGAUGUUUUCUCGACAGGGCCAGAACGGUGCGGCAAAUGUGGUCAACGCCCCUGGAAGUGUGCCAGGCCUGAACAAUAGAAGCGCCAUCGGCGGAAUGGGCCCUCAUGGCUCGCAUGGCAUUCAAGACUCCACAGCCGACAUCAAACCUAAGUUGAUCAAGAGGCUUGCCCAAAAUCAUGAGAUUUUGGCGCUUCGCGACAAGGAAGGGAACGAAGCCAAGGCCAAACGCGUCUGUCAGCAGAAAGUAGCAGAGCAUCGGCUCAACAUGGAGAUCUUGGACGCUGAAUUCCAGAUGGAUUGGAAGAAGCUUACCUUCUAUUACUUCGCCGAUUCCUAUAUCAACUUCAACUCACUGGUGACCGAUCUCUUCAAGAUCUACAAAACCCGGAUCUGGAUGUCGGCCAUCAACCCCGCCUCUUUUGUGACGCCUCCAAGUGCAGGUCUUCAGGCCCCGAACCCUUUGGCUUACAGUCACGACACGCAGACAGAUCGCUCGCACCAGCACGAUGGUAGAAUGUAUGGUUCUGCCCGAGAUGGACACGAUGCUGGGCGAGAUGGCCAGCUAGGCAUGCUACGCAGUGCGUACGCGGAGCCCUAUCAAUCCCUCGGCCCGUCCUCCCGGGCGCCAGAGUCCAGCCUCGGGGGACACGCGUCUCCGGAUCCCUUCUCCCCUUACUCGCCUAGCGGAUAUACUCCCUUGGAUUCGGGAUAUGUCGACUACGCGGCAGGCACUGGCGCAAGCGCUGGAUCCUCCCGUAUGCAUCCCCAAAAUGAGUGGAUGGGUCGGUUCCAGGGCUUGUCGCUCAAUUCUUGA